GGCCCAGGGGGGUGGCCUCCAUCGCAGCCUGGAGGUGGGGGCCCAGGGGGGUGGCCUCCAUCGCAGCCUGGAGGUGGGGGUCCAGGGGCGUGGCCUCCAUCGCAGCCUGGAGGUCAGCCAAGUCCUUCCCGUGGACCAGGAGCCGGCACACCUUCACUGUCGAUGCCUUUCACCCAAAACAUUCCUCGUGGAUUGGAAGCAGGAACAAACAUCAUCAUCAAUGCAAACAUCAAAGACAAAGCUGAUAAGUUCAUCGUGGACCUUGGAGCAUCGGGGGAUUUGGCGUUCCAUUUUAACCCUCGCUUCAAUGAGUACGGGAAGAAGGUCAUCGUGAGGAACAGCAGGAUAAGAAACAAGUGGGGGCAGGAGGAACGAGACCUUGCUCGCUUCCCCUUCAUGGCGGGUCAGCCCUUCCAGAUGAGGAUCCAGUGCACAGACAAGAUGUUUCAGGUGUUUGUCAACAACAAUCACCUGCUGGACUUCAAGCAUCGCAUGGCAAAUUUGAGAAACAUCGACAAGCUGAGCAUCUUCAACGACGUCACACUGUCGCAGGUCAACAUCAUCCCGGCCUGACCUUUCCGUCUUCGCCUCUAGCUAGUGAGUGAGGAAGAGGAGUAAAGUCAGAAAAAUAAAAAGUUGUUUC